GGGGGCCCGCUUCGUCCGGCGGCUCCUGCUGCUGCUGCUGCGCCCGGGCGCCAAGGGAGCUGGAGGCGCCGCCGUCGGGGGCAGUUCUCUGGGGCGCGGCCGGGCGAGAUCGGCGGGGCUCGCGGCCCGCGGGCAGCCCCUCGAUGGAUCUGCUGGUCCUGGGGGGGUCGGUGGUCGCCUUCCGGCUGCUCAACGGCGGCCUGGAGCGCCUCGUGCCGCCGCCGCCCUCGGCGCAGCGCAACCGCUGGAAGUGGCGGAACAUUUGGACCUCCCUGGCGCACAGUCUGCUGAGCGGCUCGUGGGCGCUGCUCGGCUUCUACUUCCACCCGCAGAUGGCGGAGGACCUCAUCGACACCCACUUGCCCGCCGCGCACCACCUGCUGGGGAUCUCCGUGGGCUAUUUCGUGCAGGACUUCGUCGACAUGAUGUAUCACCAGAAGAUCCAGCAGUGCUGGGAACUGCUCUUCCAUCACUCUGUGGUGAUCCUCUGCUUCGGCUUUGCCUUCCUGGUCCACCGCUUUGUGGGCUUCGCCAUGGUGGCCCUGCUGGUGGAGAUCAACUCCAUCUUCCUGCACCUGCGGACGAUCCUGUUGAUGGCUGGCUUGGCCCACACCACCUCCUACCGCUUGACCAGCCUGCUCAACCUGGGCACUUACGUGGUCUUCCGCAUCACCACCCUGGCUUGGAUGACCCGCUGGCUGGUGCUCAACCGGGAGAACAUACCGCCCAACACCUACACCCUCAGCACGGUGGGCAUGGCCGUCAUGACCCCCAUGAACAUUGUCCUUUUCUACCGCCUGCUCCGCAACGACUUCCUCACCUCCAGCCGGCGUGAGAAGGAAAAGUGACCACCCCUGGCUCCUCCCUCCUCAACAGCUGGCUGUACAGGCCACAGGGAGGGGGAGAGCAAGUCAGCAGGACAGGAGAGGAGAGCCAGAGGGUGGUCUUCAACAUCUGCUUUCCAGGUUGCAACUGCCCCUCCAGCUGGAUCAUGGAAAGGCCACCGCAGCCACAGCUGCAACCACAUGGCAGGAAGAAGCUGCUCGUGGAGAGUCUCUUGGGACAGUGUUUGGGGGCCCUCUGGUUAGCUGGGGAGGGGUCUUGGCAGCGGUCAAGGAAUGUGGGCUAGCGGGAGAAGUAGCCAAGGAUGUAACGUCUCCCUGCAGGGAGGGAGCUGGUUGAAAUGACUUGGCCCUCACAACUGUCUGUGCUCUGACCGUUGUUUUUGGCACCUGCCUGCCCCCCUGGCAGGGUGGGAGUUUCACUGCAUCAGAGCUCCAGAAGGCAAGACCCCUUUCCGAACACCAACACCUGAGAUCCAGGCCAGAGCAAGUGGCAGGAUGCUAGGAUCCCUCCCUUCUCCCUCACCCCUCUGUCUUGUUGCCUCCUGGCCCUUCUCUGCCUGCACAUGGAAGCAGGAUUGCCCUGGCCUCUCUUUCUCUCUGCAGAAUAUUUAUCUCCUUGAAGAGCCUGUAUGUGAUCUGCCCUUUCAUGCCAUGCUCAGCUGAGCCUCUCAGUAACUAACAGUCUGUAGGUGCAUUCUCUGCAGGCAGGCGUGGGGGAGUGCCAGUUGGGAAUUGUCCUCUUACUAUUCUCUCUUUUGAAGAGUUGUAAGCAAAUCCCACUCUCCUCACCUCUCUCCAGGCUAAGCCAGAGAUGCUGCCAUGGCCAAGUUCUGCCCCUGCUGGCCACCUAGAUUAAUCCAAGGCACCCCUGUGCCAGGGGACAGCACCACCUGGUUGUAAUGGAUGCUGAGGGCCAGGAUCUUUUAACACUGCUAAGAGCCAAACGGCUUCCUCUGAGGCCUCAAUAUUGUGUAAACCAUAUUGAGGUGGAAAACCUAUGGCAUGCGUGCCAGAGGACGCACUCAGAGCCCUCUCUGUGGGUAUGUGCGCCAUUGUCCCAGCAGGGCCGUAGCUAGGGGGUGAAACUGGUGCUCCAGCACUGCAGGGGGCUCCUGGCCGCUUCCAGCAUGGUCCCAGCACUGCUAGGGCACCAUUUUCACCCUCGGGGCCGCGCUGGGGGGAGGAGGAGAGGAGGGCUCGUGCUGGGAAACUGCUGGCCUGUCCAGGCCUCGACUUUUGAUGCGCCAGGGCCUCCCGCCAGUUUGUUGUUCCUACUCAGGAGUAAGCCGCCUUGAGUUCGGCAAGGUUAGACAAAUUAUCAGCAUGUGUACAACAGCAAAAAUCACAUUAAUUGUUCAAAAGCAUGCCAAAUGCAAACUUUUACCUUUCAAAAAAAAAAGUUGUUUGUAUCAUUGAAAGCACUGUUAUUGUGGGGGUUUCUUAAGACAAAAUAUGUUAAUGUAUGAGUUGUUUUUUCUAAACUAAAACCUCAGUAUUCAGGUUAAAUUGCCGUGUUGGCACUUUGCGAUAAAUAAGUGGGUUUUGGGUUGCAGUUUGGGUACUCGGUGUCUAAAAAGAUCGCCAUCACUGGUGUAGACAAUAAGGGAGAAUGCACUUACAAGAAUCUUAUUCUAACAAGGUGUAUGAAUAUGUUUGCACAAAAGUAACAGAAAUAAAAGGAUAAAGUGAA